AUGGAACCCUUCGCAGGCAUCGGAGCUUUCGGCGUGGCACUGACUAAGCUCGGCGGCACCUGUGUCUACGCCAACGAGAUCGACCGUCAUUGCGUCGAGACAUACGAAAGGAACCACUGCAGAGGGGGCCCUGGCAUCUCAAAAGUCGACAGACGCGACAUCAGAACAGUCACGCUGGCCAUGAGCCAUCCCUCGUGCAUGCUGCCAAUAGCUACCAUCGCCUGCGGCGGAUUCCCCUGCCAAAGUUUCAGCAACAAUGGUAACAGGGAGGGCCUGGGUGACAAAAGGAACGGGGAUCUCAUCUAUGCGUUUGUCAAGUUGCUCAUCCACCUGCAGAAUCCCAUCGUGCUCUUGGAGAAUGUCGCAAGCUUCGCAAAGGUUAAAAAACAUGGGGCCAUCGAGGUGGCGCAGAAGGAGCUCGAAGAGGCUGGCUACCACGUGUCAUGGCAUAUUUACGACGCAGUAGACUUCAACCUAGCCCAGAACAGGGACAGAUGCUUUAUCGUUGGAAUCCGCAAAGACCUCGCCGCGGGUCCCUUUGAGUUCAAACAACCGCCAAGCCGCCGUCAAGACCUUCCCUUGACCGACUUUCUAGACCUUCGGAACGCAAUCAGGGACCUCAGUCAAUACACCCUAUCAGAAAUCGAAUGGAACCCCGGGACGCCCGGGGAUAACACGAGCCACAAGGGUCUCAGAACUGUUGGAAAGAGGAAGGUUACCUACAAUUCUGGCAGCAUCAUAUAUCACCACUCGGGGUUUGCCGCCUGCAUUACCACCGUGGGAGGCGAUUGGUAUGAGGUGCCCGGCCCGGACGGUAGAGACAUCAUCGUCCGACUCAGUCUCCGCGAAAGACUCAGGCUACAAGGCCUCCACGAUGACCUUGAGCUCUCGGGCAGUCUGACGCAGGCACGGCGACAGGUCGGGAACUCGGUUCCUCCGCCAAUGGUCGAGUGGAUAUUCCGAUGCCUACAAGACCAAUUUCCACAUAUCUUGACCUCUGAUACUUACUCUACCACCGAAUCACGGGGCAAAGCACGGCGGGAUGCUCAGAAGGCCCUGAGCGAAGAGAACGGGGCUCUGGAGGCAUCAGAUUCAGAGAGUGUCAAGACUGGACGUGCUACUGGCAGUGGGAAGUCUGAUUCAACGAGGACGAAGAGGUUGAAUAAGCUGGGCGAGCAGAUAAAGGUCCUGGAGAAGGGAAUAGCGUCUCUGAAGGCGGAACACAAGCUUCUGGCCAAGGCUCAGCCAGGGCGGACAUAA